AUGGGGCUGUUUGAUAAGCUGGCCAACAUGCUUAAGAUGAAAAAGGAGCAGAUCAACAUUCUGGUCGUCGGACUGAACAACAGUGGCAAAUCGACGAUUGUGAACCACUUCAAGAACCCGAACGAGCGGACAUCGAUAGUCGUCCCGACGGUUGGAUUCAGCGUGGAGCGAUUCGAAAUUUGCCUUUUGAUUCCAGACCAAGGAGUGUUUUUCACCGCAUUCGAUAUGUCUGGAGCGACGCGCUACCGGAGCCUAUGGGAGCAUCACUUCAAAUCCUGCCAAGGAAUAGUGUUUGUGAUCGAUUCGAGCGAUCGAAUGCGAUUAGUGGUCGUUAAGGACGAGCUAGAAAUCCUUUUGCAACACCCAGACAUUUCCAACCGACGCGUUCCUAUUCUUUUUUUCGCCAACAAGAUGGACUGCACCGAUGCACUGUCUAGUGUUAAAAUCGCAGCUGGAUUGGGGUUGGAAAAAAUCAAAGAUAAACCGUGGCACAUCAGCUCGAGCAAUGCGCUAACCGGCGAGGGUUUGCAGGACGGCGUGCAGUGGAUGGUGCACCAGAUAAGAGAAUGUGUUGCAAACAGCAAAGAGCAUAGGUAG